CGCCGUCUUUCUCAUCACCACCACCACCACCAGCCAGCUGCCACCUUACAUUUGCACCUCCACCCGACCUCCCUACCGCGACGCGCCCGCGGAACACGCAAAGCAUCUCUUUAGCAUCGAAAUAUAAGGCGAUCGGUGUCAUUCGUUUACCAUUGUCGAGAGCGACAACCUGCUCCGCCGUCCCGCCGCGUCGCGUGGCCCCGAGACGCCCUCGGUUCCCCGUUCACCCUGCUUCCCUGGGGACCCUGCGACACUCUCCGCCUCGUUGCCCCCCGCUCCGAACCACGACCCGUCGUGCGCUCAAUCGCGCGUGCCCAUCACCAGCGGAGGCAGCGCGCCGGCCGCGAUCAGCCGCUUGCCCGGCUUGCAUGGGCAUCUCGCGCGCGCCCUGCCUGCGUGCUAUGGUGUGGACGAGCCGUGUGGUCGAGCACCGUUAGGCUCAGCCUCUGAGACGCCCGCACAAGCUGCGUCCAUGCCGGUUCCAGUGCCCACAUCUCCAGCGCAUUUCUUCAGCCUCGCGCCUGUUGCUCCUUGGGGCCGCUGACCGCUGGUCGACUCGCGUUGGGGGCAGGCGCGCGCCGACUCUCCCUUCGGAGUAGAUGCCCGGCGUCCUCACCAUGGAGCCCGCCGGCCAAAAUGGCAUGCGCACCGACCACGACAGGGACCUCGCCAUCAACGGAGUCAACGGGAACGGCGCCACUGGCUAUGAGCAAGUUGCGCCGGAGAAGGGAAAGGCUCCCGCAGCUGCCAGCCAUCAUGACGUUGUCAACGGCGGCGAUGCCAUCGGCACGGCUGCGCCGUUAGCCCAUCAACCGCCAAGGAUGAAUGAUCUCCCCGAUGAGAUUGUCCACAUUACCCAGGGCUUCGUUCCGCUGUCACUCCUCCUCACCCGGCUGGCUCAGGUGUCACACAACUCGCUCCAGGAAAAGGUUGCAGAGCUGGCCAAGAUGCCGGUACCGGGCGCAGCGGUCAACGGAAACGCCACAUACAACUCGAGCGGCCCCGACGACAACUCCAAUGAUAACCUGCGCAAGAAGGCAACCCUCGCGAGCUUUGCGCAGGACUUGCACGGAAAGUGGCUCAAGGCCCUCGUCAUCGCAGAAUGGAGCAGAAAAGCAGGCGCCGUUAGCAAGCUCAUCGACCUCAAGUUUCACAUUGACCAGCAGAGGAUUUUGUACGACGCCACGCUGGACAACGUUGUCAACCUAAAGCGAGACUUGACCUUUGCGCGGAUGCCCAGUCCAGACCUCAAGACUGCCUUGCAGGUCCUGUCCACUGGCUCUGCGCCGUGGAUACCCGAUCUUGGCUAUCUCGACCUGCCACCCCUGACUCCGGCCGAAGAGUUCAAGUGGAUCAACGAUCUCAACACCCUCCUUUCCCUCCGACUGAACCUCGAAGACUACGACAAAAUCCCCUACGCCUUCCGAAACUACGAGAUUGGCUCAGGACGUGUAACGUUCAAAGUAGACGGCGAAUUCGAGGUCGACCUCACCAUUGCGGACGAAGACUUUGAGAAGCAGUUCUGGUUCAUAGACUUCAGAUAUGCAUUCACCCCCUCAGCGUCGGCACUGUCCGACUCGCUGCGCGCAUAUCUCGAGGGCUGCGUCAACGAUGCCCUGAGCAAGGACGGCCUGGCAGGCUGCUAUAACUUUCUGCACGAAUUUGUACUCACAUGCAAGAUCAACGAACUGAAGCGACAGGCUCUCCUCCUCAGCAGAGGCGCCUGGACGGGGACGUUGACGGUUGAGCCCCUCAAUCGAUCGCUGGCCAUUCAGUAUUGGACGCCGCGCACUUCUAUUACCGGCACCAAAAGCUGGGUCUUGAUCGCGAUCAACAGCGGACGCGAGGCGGAUGGCAAGCCUGACCCUAAAUCUUCGAGUUUCCUCUCCGCCAGGUGGUAUCGCGACAACAAGGAAGUCAAAGAGGUCGAAAUCGACAUGAAUCUGCAGCAUCUGUCGGCCGAGUCACUCCUCUUCAACAUUGUUGGCCGCCACAUCGAGUUCAUUUUGACCAGCACUCACGACAAGCUAUUGUCUGCUGCCCGCUUUAAAAAUCGUGAGGCGAGCAUGGUCCUAGAUGUGUCGACAAGCGACCCAGCGGCAUCGUACCUGGCGACUCAAAUUGGGAACGACAAUAGGGUGUCUCUGCUUGUGGAGCCAACAACUGGGGCAUUCGCCGUCAAGCCUCACUCGAAGUUCACGGUGCAAUACGAGCAUCAAUUAAACAGUGGCAAGAACCCAGCAGAGGACGGCGUGACUUGCCUCGAAAACGUUCGGUGCGCGAUCAUGGAGAACGACCUUAGCAGGAGAGGGAGCUCCAUGGCCUGGUUCACGCGCAAGCCCCCUCUUACGGUCGAGGAGAUGAAGUCGGUUACCAAGCUGCGCGAGUGGACCCGCACGAUCUGGCUGCAGAAAGAUGGCUGGGGGCCGAGUUGGUUUGUGGGAGUGUUCCUUGGUCUCGGCGGCGACGAGUGGUGGCUAUUGGAAACGAACCGGGACGAGACGAACCGGCCGGUCAAAUUCAAGGCCAGGCUUGCGCUCGACAAGGGCUACCCAGACCGCGGGGAGGAGUUCUGGAACCACUUGGCUCUGUUCGCGACAGGUAUCAUGACACAGUCUAUCGACAUGCGCGAGCUGCACCGGCACAGGAUUAAGAGCAAGUCGGGCGCCGGCGCAGAAGUGUCGCUUCCUCACCAAGUGAGGGUGCCUUGCAUCAAGAUCUCGCUGUCGGCCUUGUUUCCCGCCAUGGUAUCCGACACGCAUCAGGACGGGUCAAGAAGCAGCUCUUCUGGCAGCGACUCUGGUGUCGAGGGCGCGGCGCUGUCUUUUCUUAUGCAGAAAUACGCGGGCGCAACGCUGCAAUCGAAGCAAGCGUGGGCCGAGAACAUGAUAACAAUCAACUUCAGAGGCAUCCACUCCAUGCGUCGGCCCGUGGAAGAAACGAAAGAGGGCGACACAGCAGCGGGCGUGCUCAUGUGCGAAUCCGAAGCGGUCAUCAGAGUGCGGAGACCGUCGCAGCUUGAAGCUCUCCGCAACCUGGUGAAUCACGACGUAUCAUACAACUUUCUCCGGGGCGAGUUUUCGCUGCGCCUUCGCCGCCCCGUGGGUGAGCCAGUACUGGACACCAUCAAGACCCGCAUCAAGGCCAUCGAUCGGUUCAUCAAUUUCUUUCAAGCCCUCGGAAAGGCGAGCAGAGCGAUCACCCGCGAGUCGGUCACGCUCAAGUACGUGGGCUUCAGCUACAGCGAACUCCCUCCCGCAGCGGCAGAGAGCGGUGGGGAUGGACAGCCCGAGGCUCCGGCGACGCCGCCUCGGCGAUGGCGAGUGGGGCUGGAUCUCUCCAAGGAUGAUAUCGACAUCAAGAUAGAGGAUGGCAACCCCCACCUCCGGGUUGUCGACCUCAUGCGCAAGCUUGUCAACACGGACGGCGGCAUCGGCGCCCUGAUGGCGUGGCUACCUGCCUCGCUCCCCGCUUUCAAGGCCAUCGAUGACAUGCAGUCCCGGUGGGAGAACCUGGCCGAGGAGAAGCGCGGACGGGUCGAGGUCUCGAUGAAGUCGAUUGCGUGGAUGAGCAUCGCGUACACGAUGCCGUCGCCUGAUGCGGGCAAUAAGGAGGCCCAGAAGGGCGUCACACUCGAAGUGCGGCUGAAGCCCAGGCAAGGGGAGGCAUGGUGGCACGUCUCGCAAUCCGACUCGGCCGCCAAAGCAUCGCCUGAAGACGUAUUCACCAAGGCGCUCAGGUCCGUGUGGUCAUCGCGCGGACAGGGUUGGCUCGGCCUCACGACGGGCGCCGCGGGCAGGCCCUCGGGUGGCGUCGCAGGGAUGCUCGACGCCGUGGACGAAGCCAUCAGGGCCGCCGCCGCGCAACAAGCGGCGAGCUCAGGGGCAGACGGCGCCAAGAUCAAGAAGGAAGGCGGGCAGCGGCGGGACGUUGUGGUCCUCGACUAGAGCGCGGACGAAGCGACGGAGACGAGACGUUGCAGAGGGCGCGUGAUGCGCCGAGGACAGGAGGAAGACAAGAAGAGGCAAGGCAAGGGGGGAGGAGAGGGUCUCUUCCUCAACCAGGGACACGGUGUUUUGGGGGGGCGGCAAAAGGGGCCCGGCGCAUCUGGGAUGGCGGGAAAGGUCCCGCGCAGCACAGCGGCUUGUACAGCCAUUUGGUUGCAUGUGUAUGUCUAGGAUAAUGAUGAUACCAGAAAUACAGAGGCCCCCGACGGGGCACAGACAGACGUAUGUACGUUGCUCAUGGGCUGCGAAGAGAG